AUGGCCAACAAUAAAAACAACAGCGAGCAAGUGAUAUUGAACAGGAGGCUGAAACCAAUCUACGGUAAGGUUUUCUUUGCGUUUUCUGUGAUUAGAAUAAUUCUGGAAGACGCUCGAAAAUUCUAUAGUCAAUAUGAGACUGUUUUUCACGUUUUUCAAGCAAUAUUUAGUUUAUAAAAGCUAAAACUAACUUGAAAUAGCUAUAAAACAGUCUAAAAAUUAAGGCUUUUUUUACCUUCUUAUCAACGAUAUCAAUGUUUCAGAUGCUGUCGACAAUGGAAACAACAAGAAAGCGAUUCAAGAAGCUGAGAAAUUACUCAAGAAGCAUCCACAAACAUUCGCGGCCAAAGGUUUGAAAGCUUUGGCGUUGGUAAGAUCUGAAAGAACGGCAGAAGCCUGGCCAUUGGUUGAGGAAUGUGAUGAAUAUGUUCGGAAGGGAAAUUUUGAUCAAAAUACUAUACAAUUGGUUGUUCAUUGUUAUAAAGUAAGUCCUUAGUUUGUGUUUUGAUUUUCUGGUAUUGAAUAAUAUGAAGUUUUGGAGACUGAAGCAUCAUAUAUAUUGUUUUAGGUAGCAAGAUUCUGAAAUAUAAGUGUUUUCUUUUUAAAUUUGAAAAUUCCCGCUUUAAAUUGUAAAAUACGUCAAAUGUGCACCAAAUCUCAAUUUUUAUCUGAUUUUAAAAUAUUUUUUAAAGUCCCAGUUCAAAUUUAUAUUGUCUGUGACUUCUUUUUCCUUUCAGGAAGCCUAUGUGCCAUCUAGGAUAGCAUCUUUUUUGGAAGACGUUAAUAAGCAAUUUCCUGGAUGUGAAAAUCUGUUGAAAGACUUAUUUGUUGCUUAUGUUCGGGUCAAAGACUACAAAAAUCAACAACGGGUAGCACAGCUUUUGUCAAAGGAGUUCCAUAGCUCCGAGUAUCUUUAUUGGACUAUCAGCAGUUUGGUUAUGCAGGUAAAUUUUUUAUAUUAUGAUAUAGCGAUCAGAUCCUUUCUUUAGUUUCUUCUAUAUUAUCAUUGAGAGUUAAGAAAAAUGGGUAUUUUUAGGCAUUAAACAAUGAAACUAUGGGUUCCAAAGUGUUCUUUCCAUUAGCUCAAAAGAUGUUUGAGAAAGCUUUGUCUAACAAUGAAAAGCCAACUAGAACAGGUAAUUUUCUUUACAAAGAUUUAUAUUAUUUAUCAACUUUAAACUUAUUUUACCAGGUUGUUUAAAUAAUUCUGUGCUCCCUCUCAAAGCAACUUGCUGAAGUUAAGGGUGCAGAAUUACUUGGGCAACCUAAUAGGAAGAUCUAAUGCCUUUUUUGCACUUAAUAACAUAUUUUAGAAUCUUCACUAUACGUCCAAAUCCUGGAAGGUCAACAAAAGUACAAAGAAGUUUACGAUUACCUAAAAGGACAGCUAGAAAAGCAGAAUCUUAACCUAGAUGAUGUGAAAAUGAAGAUAAUUGAAACCCUGAACAAACUGAAGGAAUACGAAAAGGUUGUGAAGGAAUGUUCUGUGUGUCUUGAGCAGAACAAUUUUGAUCUGCAGAUAUGGCAAGAGGUGUUGAAAGUGCUGGAGCAGGUUAAGGAUGAUGAGAAAUUGAGACAGGGGUAAGUUAUUUAGGAUAAUUUGAAAAAAGUUUUGGCUUUUUAGUUUGAAAUGGCAAGAACUUUCUUUACAAACCAUAAAAUGGCAAUAACUUUCUUUACAAAGCUUUAAAUGGCACAUACUUUCUUUAAAAAGCAUAAAAUGGCAAAAACUUUCUUUAAACAGACUUAACCUGACCUGAAAAAGCAUUUUUUACCUACUAUAACACAAACCAUUUUCAGAGUCUUAACCUCAAUCCAAGAGAUGAUCAAGAAAGUGGAACAAUCGGUCGAAAAAACAUACCAAAAGCACUCGUUACUAAUCAUAAAAUGCAUGUAUUUAAAACAACUUCACUCUUUAAACCUCGAUUCGAAUAGCUACGGUGGAGUGCUACAGAAUCUGAAGGCACUGAUCGAUACCUCAUUGGACAAACCAUAUUGUUUUAAGGAAAUGGCACAGUUUCUAGGGCUGAUAAGUGAUAAGGAAAAGGAAGAACUGUUAAAUUAUGUCAAGGAGAAGGUCGAGGGGGAUAAUGUAAGGUUUUUGUAAAAUACGAUGUUUUCUUUAUUAAUCUCAAAAUGGCAAGAACUUUCUUUACAGAACAUACAAUGGCAAGAACUUUUUUUCCGGUGCUUAACUUGGCAAGAAAAUUUUUUUACAAAUUGAAAAAUGGCAAGAACUUUCUUUACAAAACAAAAUGGCCAGAAGUUUCUUUACAAAACAAAAAAUGGCAAGAACUUUCUUUACAAGGCAUAAAAUGGCAAGAACUUUCUUACAAAAUAUAAAAUGGCAAAAACUUUCGUUACAAAUUAUAAAAUCGCAAGAACUUUCUUUACAAAACAUAAAAUGGCAAGAACUUUCUUUACAAAACAUAAAAUGACAAGGACUUUCUUUACAAAUCAUAAAAUGGCAAAAACUUUCUUUACAAAACAAAAAAUGGCGUGAACUUACUUUAAACUGUAAAAAAUUGCAAGAACUUUCUUUACAAAGCAUUUGUUUCAUUUUAAAAAAUUUAAAUCAAUUGCAGGACAAGUUGACAUACCCAGAAAUGAUGCAUGAGCUUCUUCGCUGCACAUACGGUCAAAUCCAAACCGAAUCGGCCGAAGAACGUCGCAAAUACUCUGCAAAUUUGGUUGAAAAACUGAAUAAAACCAAAACAGAAGACAUUUUCCUCGGAAUGGCGGUAUCACUAGUCAUUUCUAAUGUUUUAUGGUUAGUUUAUAUUGAGGAAGAGAGAGUAGAAGCUCAAGAACAUCAACAAAAAGCUUCACAAAGUCAGGAAGCGAUCCAAGAGUUGGCUGUAUAUCUAGAACACAUCUACUCAACUUUCUCGAACAGCUACAUCACAGCGGUCUUACUGAUAAGAGUACAUGGAGUUUUGGGCAACACGAACAGAGUUGAAAAGCUGUUAAGACAGCUGGAUGUGAAGUACAUUCAGAAGGACUCGCUGGCUUACCUCAACUUUGGCUUGGCUGAAGCUAGUGGACGGUUCAAAGAAGCCAUCAUUCAGUACACUGGCAUAUCGGCCUUUGCUGAUGCCAAUGAUCGGGAGGUAAAGAUGAGAAUUUAUAAUUUUUAGGGGGGGGGGCGCUAAAAUACGCAUUUUUUGGUAAAAUACGCGUACUUUACUUUUAUCUCGCUAAUCUUACCUUUUCAGAUCGGUGCCUCCUACGUAGCCGCCUACAAAUCAGGCACGGUAGACCAAAUUCCAGAACUAGUCGAAUUUUCUCAAAACUGUAACAACUCGUUAUAUUUGGUCGCGGCCGAUGUGGCAAACAGAAUAUAUUCAUCAUGUUUUGCUGUGACUACAUUAGAAAUGGCGGUUUUCACAUUACAAGGAGAUGACCAACCAAUCGAAUUUGAUAAGCUAAAGGAUACCAGGGAUUACAAUGUACUGAAUUCAAUCGCUUUUUAUAAUCAAGAUAUUACUGAAGAGGUUCGAAAGGCUACUUUUGAGGAGAUGGUAAGUUUAAGGGGAUCAAUGGAGGGGGAGGGGAGUUAUGGUUGAAGGAUUAUAUAGUUUAUAUUGUAGUAGAUUGAAGCUAUAUAAUUUUAUAAUACUUAAAGGCUGUUAAAAAUAUUUAAAAAAGCCUUGUCGCUUUUUACUGGGCCAGACAGUGGUAAAAAGCGACAAGACUUUUUAAGCUGGUUUAUACUACGGAAGCCUUUAAAAUGAGUUAGAUUAAAGUAAAAAAAUGAGGUUAGAAUACGUUUUGUUACCUAAUUAACAAAAAUUUUGAUAUUGGAUGAUAAUAUCAUAUACUUUUUUAAGUUAUAUUAAUCAUGACUUCUUACAGUUAGACAUGGUUGAAUUCCGUCACUAUUUGUGCCGUGUGGUGAGUGAUAUCGGCUGGGAGGACAUACCAUUGGAUGUGAUUCAAACCAACUUUAAAUUGUUUAAAAAUAAACUGGAACAGUGCAAAUUGAAGUAUCCGACGGCUGAAAAUGUAGGUUUUUAACACAAUUUUCGAUUGGUUUAAAAUUGAAAAAAAAACUGGAUUUUGAAGUUUAGGUAUUAAAAAUUAGGUUAUGGUUGAAAAAAGGGGUCGAAUAUCAUGUGUUUUUAAUUUUUUUUAUUAAAAAAUUUGAAUUUUGGGUGGAAAAUUAUAUUAUCAUAGGUAAUAUUGAAGAAAAAUGAACAAAACUUGAAGAUAAUGUAUAUAGAAGGUACGUAUUUGUAAUAUAGAAGGUACGGCAGGGUAUUAUUUUUAAUGCAGUUAAUAAAAUAGAGUAAUUUUAGGUUUAAAAUAUGAAAAAUAGGCAUUUUCUUACGGGUAAUAUGUAAAAAAAGAGGUUUUUUUGUAUUUUUUAUAUAGGUGUACCCUAUUUUCUAAAUUUUUUAUGUAAUUAUAACUUUUUUUCAGUGCAAGCACCUCCAAGGCUUUAUAGAACCAUCUUGGACCAAAAUACUAUCUUCCACAUACCUAAAUCUAAUUAUCAAAAUCGCUGAAGGAGGAUGUAAUCUAUUCCAAAUCGAGGAAAACACAAAAGAAUCGACGGAAAAGGCCUCAAAAAAUGUGAUCGAAACCCUAAAUAGCCUAGAUCUAACUCCAAUUGUACCAGAGCAUAAAGGUGAAGGAGUGACAGAGCAGCUAAAGGACUAUAGUUAUGCCAUAACAACAUUGGCCUUGAUUCAGCUGAUGGUCAAGUUUGUGGACAUGAAGAUUGAAAACUUGUUGGUCGCGAAUCAGUGCUUGAAGACGCCGUUUGAGGUGAGACAGAUUGUUGUGGAAGGGGUGAAAUUGGGAUGAUGGGGGGGGGGUAAAAUAUGGGUUGAUUUUUGAGGGGGGGAUUGAGAUUUUUUUUAAAGGUUGUUGCUCGCGGAUCAGUGCUUGAAGACACCUUUUGAGGCAAGGGAAUUUGUUGGGAGGGGUAAAAUUGGGGGGGGGGCAUUUAUAAGGGGGGAGGGGUAAAAAUUUUUUUUUGAAAAAAUUGAAAUUGGUUCAACCAAAGGUGAAUAUUUUUAGAAAAAAUGCAACGAAGCCUUCAAAUCAGUUCAAGAAAUGAUCAACGGAAUAUGCAAGAAGAUGGAAGAUGGGUUAAACGCUCUAAAACAAGAGGUUUCUUCUUCGGAAGCGGCUUUAUUAGAAUCGGAGUACUAUGUUAAGGUAGCUAUUCUUUGUUUUACCUUUACUUUUAAAAAGACUCCUACAGUUACCUACUGUUCGAAAAGGGGUUUACCCUCCAUAUUCGACUUCAAAUUCAACAGUACAUCUACCUUUAAGCCCACUUUUAUCUACUUUACCCUUACUCUUACCUUUAACCCGUACUCCCUACUCUCUAUCCCUUACCCUCUACCUCUUACCUUCUACCCCCUUCCCCGAUUCAUAAAAUGGUCGAUAGAUUUUGAUAAAAAUAAUCAAAAUCUCUUUCAGCUCGGCCUGAACGACAGUGUCUACGCCAUCGACAAAGACCUAACUCAAUCUCAAACCCAGUCAAUCAACGAUAUGAUUGACUCAUUGAGCAGAAUCAAGAACAUCUUAUCUCAAUUCAAAUUUGAUGCCAAGAAGAUUUAA